GAACCAGUGCAAGGGAAUGGUACAAAGAACUAGACACUGGUGGUGACUAGUUAUCACUCAGUUCGGACUAGUUUCGUUUCAGAAUCCAGAUGGGGAAAAGGAGAAACGCCUGGGUCAAGGUUCCAGAAGAAGGGGGAAUAUUGGCCGGAAUUUAUAUGCACGGAGAUCCGAAAGGAAACAUUGGUGCUCAGAUGUCAGAUGGGCCCGGCUGUAUAAUGGGAUUCUCCUCGAUCGUGGUUUGCAUGAUGUGAGAAUGCUCUUCUCCUACUUCUUCUUCUUCUUCUUCUUCUUCUUCUUCUUCUUCUUCUUCUUCUUCUUCAAUCCGACAGACACGGGCAAGGUGGAAGAGUCCGAUGGCAGAGUGGUGAUACUCGCUGUUGCCCUCGUUCCAUGUGGUCGAUCACCGUUCUUCCAAACCGGACGGUACCACAAAGAAACCAAGUAAAAAAAAAAGACCACUGUCGAGUAACCCACCUACAGCACCAACAAAUCACCGACGAGACGGUCCAGAAAAGGGUCGCCGUGGCCAGGCAGCGGGGAUGUCUCGCCUGACUAUUGAUCGGGUUGGAAAGCGAGAGUGCCCGUUGGUUGGAUCUCCAUUGGACGGUGGACUCCGCAUUUCCCGACGGAUGGUGGAGGAUUCCAGGAGAAGAACGAUAGGAGAAGAAAGACGGCGGGGGAGAAAAAAAGGGAAAAGUCUGCGUUGUGUUGGCAUUGGUGUCCACUUGGGAAAUUUAGCAGCCGAAGCGGAGUCCUCACGGUUUCGGUCCCAGACCUCAAAGAGAAAAAAGAAAGGAGAAAAUCAAGUC